ACCUUUGAGACUUAUUGAGUGAAAACCAUCACUCCAUUUUCAAACACAGAGAGAAAAAGAGAGAGAGAGAAAAUGGGAAAAAGAUUUACCAACUUCCGAAUUUCCCGCGUAAUCCCCACCUUCCAUUCUUGCCGUUCUAAACACCCUUCCACCCUCCCAACUAAUCCCGUCCCUUCAUUCCUCCACUACCACCACCACCCUCCUCCUUCCACCACCACCACCACCACGUUUCAACAACUAACCCUCUCUACUCCGUCAUCAUCACGCUCCUCCAUCACACGCCACGUGUCUUCCGCCAUACGACGUCACGGUUGUUUAAGAUCACAUUCUUCCCCUGAGCCCAGUCACACUGAAUCAUCAUCAACAACUCACAAGCUAAAACUACCUUCAAACUGGCACGUCAUAUCUAAUAAUUACGACUCUACCCCUCCUCGUCGUAAGAUUUACAACUCCGCCGCUUCCGAUACUGAUCAUGACAACGACAACGACAACGACGUCGUAUUCCUCCCUCCUCCACCACCGACGAAAAUCCGAACCACCAGUAGGAAGACGAUGAUAAAGACACGGCGGCGGCGGAGGAGAAACUUCCAGAAUAAGGAUCGGAAUGGAAUCAGUACUUCUUCCGACAGCGGCAUCUUCAGCGAAGACGACGACGAUCGCGAAUCUCCUAGCCCUAGAAUCAUCCACCGCCACGUCAGCAAGUCGAAGGAGAGAGAAAACUCAGAAAAGUCGAAGAAAAACAGGAGAUCGUUUGAGUCGACGACGCCGGCGAGACUAUCGGCGUUCAUGAGGAAAAUGGCGCCGUGCAGGGAGGUGGUGGCGGACGGAAAAGUGAGAGAGAGUUUCGCGGUGGUGAAACGGUCGGAAGAUCCGUUAGAGGAUUUCAAGCGGUCGAUGGCGGAGAUGGUGGUGGAGAAGCAGAUGUUUGAGGAGAGAGAAUUGGAGGAGUUGUUGCGGUGCUUUCUCUCUCUAAACUCGGAAAAUCACCAUGAAGCCAUUGUUAGAGCUUUUACUGAGAUUUGGGAGGGCCUAUUUUGUCAGUCCGUACAAUCCAAUCCAAGAUGCAUGAAGGGUGACGUACUUGAUGAGUAAUUAAUUGAUUUAGUAGUACUUCGUAUUAAUUAGUAUGAAUAUUUCAUGUGUUAAUUGUAAUUAAUUAAUUAAGCUAAGGUUUUUAGAUCUUGAAAUUAUGAUAACAACUUAAAUUAGUUUAAGUGUUAUUAAAUGUUUGUUUAGAAUCUUCUUUUCGAUCUUGA